CACAUGUCGAUUGCAUCCGAAGAUGUCUAUAUGCUCGAAAGAGAGCCAUCGCUUUUGACAGAGGAUAACCUCGUUCGCCAUUCUACCAUGUAUACCCGUGCUCAGCUAUCCAAGACCGAAUUAAUGGCGCGAUAUCAAUCUUCUGUGUCAUACGAGUACAAGAAGCAAAAGAGAAAAAGUCGACACGUACCAGCGCCUUCGCCAUCACCUGUCAGCAGCCUUGAUACGACAACUGGCUCUAGUAACCAAAGUAUAGCGGCUACUUCUCGUAGAUCCCGAAGAUACAGCAUCAAAACGGUAAUGCCCACAGACAACAUAGCCCUUGAUGCCCCACCAAUGCCAUUUCCCUAUCAUAACGACGCCGUCUUUGUACCAGCUGCCGAACAACAUCAGUCUUGCGUUACUACUCCGAGAUCUCGUCAGGAUAGCAUCAGUGCGCUUUCAUCAGUCAGCCCAGUGCCAUCGCUUAUCCAGGGAGGCAGACGGUCUUCCUCACCAGUCUGGUGGGUAGAGAAUGAAGGGACAGCAACAGCAGAAUUAUCGCCAAAGCGAUGUACUAGCAGUAAUAGUAUAUCACCAGCUCGCGUCACUGCCAUCGCUAGUAGUGAUAAGCCCGACGGUCAUCCCCUGUCGCGUCGAAUCGUCCUGCAGGCAGGAAAUGGUGGAACUGAUGGGGAAGCAGGAGAGGAGAAAUUGGAACCCAAUAUGAAAAAAUGGAAAUCCUUUGGCCAAACACGACGUUGGUUCCAAAGAACAUGGCGACGCAUGAUUGGAAACUCACAAGCUUUUCUUUGAAGCUGUAAAUGUCUUUUGUUUCCCUUACACUACUACAUUCCUUUUUACACAAAACAAGCCAAUUUUGUCUGUAAACUUUACUGUACUAUGAUGAACAAAAAUGGUUUUCCU